AUGAGCGGAGGCACCAUUCGUCACAUCGUUAUACUCGAGGAGAACAACAAUGCAGGUGGGAAAUCCCCGAAGUGGAUGCAACAGCUCGAAGCUGCUGAACAGACAGAUGAGCUCGUCCCCGCAACCGUUCUGCAUUGUAUCCUGGAACAAUGCCUUUUGUUAGUUCGAAUAUGUAUUAGACAACCAGGGGCAGAUGGGGCUCACCGAACAGAAAGCGUCAUCGAGAACUUAUUGCACCUCCUCGUUAAAUCGCUCAGUCACCCACGAUUGCGGCUACUGGAUGCAGUAGGAGACUUCCUACCCACCUCGCCUACGGCGUCCAUACCAGAUGUUCCACCAUUCUGGGAGGUGUGCGUGCAAAAGGUAAUCCAAGACCAAUGUCGGAAAUCCCCAGACUCCCUCGCAGUUGACGCAUGGGACGGCUCCCUCACAUAUCGAGAGCUGGACGAACUGACCGACCGGCUGGCACGCGCACUGAUGCACUUGGGGAUAGGACUGGAGCGCUUCGUCCCCAUCUACAUGGAAAAGUCCCUAUGGACAACGGUGGCCAUCCUCGCCGUGAUCAAAAGUGGUGGUGCGUUUAGUCUACUGAGCCCAGCCCAUCCUUUACCCCGCCUGCAGCAGAUCUGCGACGAUCUCCGAAGUCCGUUUAUACUGUCGUCGGAAGCGCAGGCAGCGCGGUGUCUGAAGCUGGGAGGAGAGGUUCUGGUUAUAGAGAGUUUGGAUCAAGCAUGCCGAUCAAGCCGUGUCCUCCAGGAGAUGCCGCUGGCCCAGCCUGGCACUGCGCUCUAUGUCGCUUUUACGUCGGGCUCCACGGGGAAGCCAAAAGGAGUCGUGAUUGAACACCAGGCGUACUGCUCAAGCGCUCAGUCGCAUAUACAGGCCUUCCAGAUCAACGACAGGUCCCGCCUCCUGCAGUUCGCCGCCUACGCGUUUGAUGUGAGCACUCUAGAGACUUUAAUCACGCUGAUGGCUGGAGCGUGUCUCUGCGUACCGAGUAAGGCUCAACGAAAUCAUGUGGUAUUGUUCGAAGACGCCUUAAGGGCCUUCCGUCUCACCCACGUAGGCCUCCCUCCCUCCUUUGCUCGAAUAGUUCCCUGGGCGAAUCUCGAAGAGCGGCCCACGUUGUUACUCGGCGGCGAGCCGAUGCGCAAGUCAGACAGGACCAUUUAUAGCGCGCUCGGGAUGCGCUUUAUGAAUGCAUACGGGCCUACUGAAUGCUCUGUCAAUGCGACAAUCCAUGAUCGUGUCCGGCCCAGACAUUCGGUGCAAAACAUCGGCAAGCCUACCGGGGCGGUUGCGUGGAUCGUCGACCCCAACGACAUGGAGAAGCCGAUGCAAUGGAACGAGGUGGCGUCUCAGGAUCAAACAGGGACUAUUCACAUCGUCGGUCGCAAGGACGGACAGUUCAAGAUUCGGGGGCAGCGCGUCGAGGUCGCCGAUGUCGAACAUCACGUCAACGACGUUGUGGCCAUCAGCACUGAAGUUGUGGAGAAGGUCAAUACGUCCGAGGACCACCAGAGGCUCAUCGCAUUUAUCGUCCUUGAUGGGCCGUUACCUGCUCAGAUGACUGACUCGCUCUUUCUAGCAACGGAUGCCUCUGACCUGGAGACUUUAAAAGCCAUUUAA